AUGGAUGAAAUAUACGAUAUUGAUGAUAGUUGUUUAUUCACCACUAUUACUACUACUUCACAUGAUCCUAGUCAAUCACAAAAAAAUAAUGAUGACCUUAUCUUAUUCCCAAGUAUUAAAUGCGAAACCUCUUAUGAUAGAAAGAAAAAUGAUCUACUAUGGAAAUUAACAACGCCGUUAUCAUCUUCAUCUCCCUCAUCAUUAAUAACAACAACAUCUCAUUCAUUAACAUGCUUAAACCGUCAUCAUUUUUCAAAUGCUCAUUCAAGAAAUGUAACUAAACAUCACGUUCAGCAUCAUCAUCAUCAACGAAAUGCUCGUUUAAGUAUAAAUGCUAGAGAAAGACGACGAAUGCAUGAUUUAAAUGAUGCAUUAGAUGAUUUACGCAGUGUUAUCCCGUAUGCACACAGUCCAUCUGUAAGAAAAUUGUCAAAAAUCGCUACAUUGUUAUUAGCGAAAAAUUAUAUCCUAAUGCAGGCAAAUGCAAUUGAUGAAUUAUACAAAUUAAUCAUACGUCUUAAUUCACAAAUUCAACAGUCAGACUCUUUAUUAUUAAAUGAUGAUCAUAAAAGCAUCACAUUUGAACCUAUCAAAUCGAAACUAUUGGAAACUACUCACCUUGAUAGCAACUGUAAUAUUUCAAAUAAUGUUAUAUAUACAUCUCCUGUCCACCCGAUAUCUUUCCCAUCUCACCUACCUCCAUGUUCAAUGUCAAGUUCAUCAGAAAACAAUAAGUAA